AUGGAUCCAAGCGGCGAGGGUUGCGGUGGUGGUGGUGAUGCACACACACACCUCGACCUCAACCUCUCCCCGCGGUCUUCGUUGGAGGAGGAUCUGGAGCUGGAGCUGGAACAGCGGGGCUACUUCUCCUGUUCCUACUGCAGCAAGAAGUUCUACACCUCGCAGGCGCUCGGCGGCCACCAGAACGCCCACAGGUUGGAGCGCAGCAUUGCCAAGCGCAGCCGCGAGCUGGCCGCGGCACGCAGGCACGCCUUCCUGGCCGGCGGCGACAGUGGCGGUGCGGUUGAAGAGGAAGCGAGGAGAGGGAAGGGACCGCGCAUUUCAGCGCCGACGGUCAUGGCUCCAAGCUCCUCGCACAUGAUCAGGGCAUCACCAGAGGCUGGAGAGGACCUCACCGACAAGAUCAUUGACCUCUCCCUUAAGCUAUGA